CGGGCAAGCACCCCCGGCCUCGAGAGCAUGAAACAAAGCGGCGGCAUUGCGCAACCGUCAGUGUAUAGCUAGAACUUGGAUAAAGAGAAUCAAAAGAUUGAACAUUCGAGGUUCAACUAAAGAAGCAUUGCCAUUGCCAGUGCAGGUUGCAUUGCAUAAAAUUUGCAUUGAGGUCGAGACGGCAAGUUCUUUGUUCAGCGGGCCACCAUGAUGCCUGCAGACCCUACCAUGGCUGCCGAAAAGGACGAGCUGGAGGAAGGAGUCGAAGAACUAACCAUGCAAGAAGAAGGAAGCAUACAAAAUGGAUCAGAGUCUGCUGCAGCUAAAAAGAAGCGCAAGAAGAAGAAGAAGAAGGCUUCUGUAGAAGGAGGGCCUGAAGAUGCAGGCCCGGCGGGGGCGAACGAUCAUUAUGAGGGGGCCAACUCAGGGCAGCUGCCGGGAAAAGACGGAGCCUCUGCAGAAACGAACCCAAGCGCAGAACAGGGGCAGGAGGCUGGAGACAAUGCAGACGAGGGGGAGGAGGCUGGCGGUGAAGCAGCAGAUGGUGGUGCCAAGAAGAAAAAGAAAAAGAAGAAAAGCGGUAAGAAGAAAGGAGGCAGCCUGGAGCAGACUGACCCCCCCAGCAUCCCGAUGGCGGACUUGUUUCCAGACGGGGAGUUCCCACCGGGGGAGCUCCAGGACUACAAGGACGACAACCUGUGGCGCAAAACCAGCGCAGAGAUGCGCGAGCAGGAGCGCUUAGAGAAGCCGCUCUAUGACGACGUGCGUCGCGCUGCCGAAGUGCACCGUCAGGUGCGGAAGUACGUGCGGACCAUCGCCAAGCCGGGGGUGCACAUUGCGACCAUGGCCGAGACGCUGGAGGACUGCGUGCGCAAGCUGAUCCAGGCCAACGGGCUGCACGCAGGGAUUGCGUUCCCCACAGGGUGCAGCCUCAACCAUGUGGCCGCGCACUGGACGCCCAACGGAGGGGACAAGACAGUGCUGCAGUACGACGAUGUGAUGAAGAUCGACUUUGGCACGCACAUCGAGGGGCGUAUCGUCGACUGCGCGUUCACGGUAGCGUUCAACCCGGUGUACGACCCGCUGCUGCGCGCCGUCAGAGAGGCCACUGACACCGGAAUCAAGGAGAGUGGCAUUGACGUGCGGCUCUGCGAUGUGGGCGCAGCCAUCCAGGAGGUGAUGGAGUCGUACGAGGUGGAGAUCGGGGGCAAGACCUUCCAAGUGAAGAGCAUUCGCAAUCUGAAUGGGCACAGCAUUGCGCCUUACCAAAUCCAUGCGGGGAAGAGUGUGCCCAUUGUGAAGGGCGGCGAGCAGACCAAGAUGGAGGAAGGCGAAUUCUUUGCCAUCGAGACAUUCGGAUCCACGGGCAAAGGCUACGUGCGCGAAGACCUGGAGUGCAGCCACUACAUGAAGAACUUCGACGUCACCUACGUGCCCCUUCGGUUGCCUCGCGCGAAGCAGCUGUUGGCGACCAUUGACCGCAACUUUGGGACGCUAGCGUUCUGCCGGCGGUACCUGGACCGUCUCGGAGAGACCAAGUACCUGAUGGCGCUCAAGAAUCUUGUCGACAACGGCGUUGUUGCGGAGUACCCGCCUUUAUGUGAUAGCAAGGGGAGCUAUGUCGCCCAAUUUGAGCAUACAAUUUACUUAAGGCCAACUUGCAAAGAAGUUUUGUCACGAGGAGAUGAUUUUUAGUCCGCCUAAUUGGUGCUUACAAUCAAGUAUUUGGCGUCUGGUGGGAUCGAGUCAGACCUUUUUCAAAUCCUUACGAGCAUGCUGACCCUGGCAUGGAGCCCUGCAAAACGCCUUUUGGAUCGGUAUCAAUUUGAGGGUGAGGUAUUGGUUAGGCUAAUUGCAUGCCGCCUAAAGGAUUGUGCCUAUCAACGUACUUGGCUAUGGUUUGAAUAUAACAUCACUUUUAAUGUGCAUCUCGUGACUUCUUCCUUCCCGG